UCUAUACACAGAGAUUCCAUUAGCAUUUCUAGUAUAUAUACAUGAACCAUUCGAACGAAUCCAAUCCAUUCUGUCAACAUGUCUGCCUUCCAUUUUGCCUUGUUACUACUAACUCUACUCACAGUGCAACUCUCAGAAGCUACCCGUAGUCUGUUCGCUUCCACUAACGAUGUCAAUAGCACAAAAUGGGCUGUUCUUGUAGCUGGUUCAAGUGGGUACUACAACUAUCGUCAUCAGGCGGAUGUUUGUCAUGCAUAUCAAAUACUGAAAAAGGGUGGAUUGAAAGAUGAAAAUAUAAUUGUGUUCAUGUACGAUGACAUUGCGAGUAACAUAAUGAACCCAAGACCCGGUGUCAUUAUUAACAGUCCGAACGGCUCAGAUGUUUAUGCUGGUGUCCCAAAGGAUUACACUGGAGGACACGUGACAGUGGCCAAUUUUUAUGCUGUGCUUCUGGGCAAUGCUUCGGGAUUGACAGGUGGAAGCGGGAAAGUUUUAGCGAGUAAACCUGGAGAUAAGAUCUUUGUUUUCUACUCUGAUCAUGGCGCCCCUGGAAUUCUCGGUAUGCCGACUGUGCCUCACCUAUAUGCGAAUGAUUUCAUUGAAGUUUUGAAAAUGAAGAACGCGAGUGGUACCUACGAUAAAAUGGUGAUAUAUAUCGAAUCAUGUGAAAGUGGAAGUAUUUUUGAAGGUUUGUUGCCUGAAGAUAUGAAUAUUUAUGUGACAACUGCAUCGAAUGCAAACGAAAGUAGUUGGGGUACAUAUUGCCCUAGCAUGACACCUCCCCCACCUCCAGAGUUCCAAACAUGUUUAGGUGACUUAUACAGCAUCUCAUGGAUGGAAGACAGCGACUUAGAAGACUUGACGAUUGAAACCUUGGAACAACAAUAUUCGAAGGUAAAGAUAAGGACUUUAAAUAACAACACGGAAGAGGGAUCGCAUGUGAUGCAAUAUGGUACACAACACAUAAGCAAAGAGACUGUUUCUGCUUAUCAAGGUUCUAGCACGUGGAACACCACUGCGAAUUCAAUCAUAUCUCUAGGCUCCAUGGGUGUUGUCGACCAAAGAGCUGCAGAUCUUUAUUCAAUGUGGCAAACGUAUGAGAAAUCGACAGGAGAACCACAAGAGAAGAUUGAACUACUCAAGAACAUCAAAGAAAUAACAACGCAUAGGGCGCAUUUGGACAGUAGUGUCGAAACGAUCAAAGGCAAGUUAGGUGACCAAGACCACGGAUCAGUCAGACCUGCAGGAUCUGUCCUUGUGGACGAUUGGGAGUGUCUUAAAUCGAUGAUUCGAACAUUCGAGACACACUGCGGAUCGUUGACACAAUAUGGCUUGAAACAUUCAAGAACAUUUGCCAACAUGUGUAACAAUGGUGUUACGAAGGAAGCCAUGGAUGAAGCUUCAAAAGCAACAUGUAGUUCGUUUAACAUGGGGCAAUGGAAUCCUGCGACUGUUGGUUACAGUGCCUAAUCGAUAAUGGAGGAAUGGAAUAUAGAAUAAUGUCGACAACAAGCAAUAUGAUAACAUAUCACAUGGGGUGGUCAUUCAUGUCCCAUCUACCUUAGAUGUUUUGAUUGUACCUUGGAAAAGCAAAUGCUAGAAAUAGUGAAUUUUAUGUGUUGGGAUCAAAAUGGGCACUACAAGAAUUAUGACUUAGCGACUGAGAU